AGAGAGAGAGAGGAAUAAGAGAAUACGAAACAGAGAGAGCAGAAUAUACCUGCAGCUAAUCAGGAUUGCGUAUGUGCUCUCCUCCCCUCACCCUUUAAACACACCUCUAAGUAGCACAUAUAUCUCCCUUUUUAUCUUCUUCCCCAUUGUUUUGUACUAUACAGACAUAUAUCCAUGCAUUUGUGUAUCUAUUCCCAUUAAUUGGGACCACUGCUUCUUUCUAUCUCUGUUUCUGUUGGAAUUUGGACUUUCCAUCUCCUUCCACUUAUAUCAGACUCCACAUACAAGCGAAGAAAAUCCAUUACUAGUAACAGGUAUGUAUUACUCGAGAAAGGUGGACAAAAGAAUAAAGGUGGGCGCUGGUUGUUUCUUUUUGCUCUCAUGGCGGGACCUGAUGAUCAACCAGAAUGUAAAAAGGCACAGAAUAUCUCAACAAUUAUAGCAUCCGAGGGAGUCGAAUUUCUUUUACGUGGUGAAGAAAAGGUACCCUUAUCAAGUGAUUCCAAGACAACAUGCCUAUACUUCUCAGCCAACUGGUGCAGACCAUGUAAAAGCUUUACUCCACAGUUGGUACAACUAUAUAACCAGCUGACUAAACUGGGUAAAAAGAUAGAGAUUAUCUUCAUUUCCUUUGACCGAGAUGAGGAAGGAUUCAAAGAACACUUCAAGUGUAUGCCAUGGCUUGCAGUUCCAUUUGAUGUAAAUUUGCAUAGGCGGCUUAGCAACCACUACCACAUUGAUCACAUCCCAUCAUUCAUACCAUUGGGUUCAGAUGGUAUGUCAAUGGAAGAAGAUGCUGCUGCAUUGAUUGCAGACUAUGGUACCGAUGCAUUUCCUUUCACCAGGGAGAGAAGAGAGGAGUUGAAAGCCAUAGAUGAUGCGAAGCGUCUAGGGGGGAAGUUAGAAGAACUUUUGGCUUAUGAAGGGCGGAAUUACCUCAUUUCUGGACAUGGCAGAGAGAUGUGGGUAUCCGAACUUGUUGGCAAGACAGUAGGCCUCUAUUUUGGAGCACAUUGGUGCCCUCCUUGCCGAGCUUUCACCACACAACUUACAGAAGCUUACAACGAGCUCCUCCUCACAGCUCCAUACCAAAGCUUUGAAAUAGUUUUUAUCUCAACUGAUAGAGAUUCUAAAGAAUUCGAUCUCCAUGUCCGCAACAUGCCUUGGCUGGCUAUCCCAUAUGAGGAGGACAAGACACGACAAGAUCUUUGUAGGAUAUUUGACAUCAAGAAGAUUCCAGCUUUGGUUCUAGUUGGACCGGAUGGCAAGACCAUUAGCACGAAUGGAAGGCCCAUGGUGUCCUUGUAUGGUGCUAGGGCAUUCCCGUUUACACAGCGCAAAAUUGCAGAGCUUGAAGCGGAUAUGAGAAAAGAAGGAGACGGGUUGCCUCACCAUGUGAAGGAUCCAAAGCACGAGCAUGUUCUUAAGUUGGACAUGGCCAAAGCAUAUGUCUGUGAUUUUUGCAGAAAGCAUGGAAGGUUUUGGGCAUUCUCUUGUGAUGUGUGUGAUUAUGAUCUUCAUCCAACUUGUUUGGAAGAACCAUUUUAAGGACAGUGUUGUAAAUUGAAUGGAAACAAACAGUAUUGUAUUAUUGUGUGAUAAAUAAAAAUUAAAAGCUUUCAAGGUUAU